UUCCAUAAACCCUAAUUCCAUCAACCACAAAGAUGAAGCUCCUUUUCAUCCCUAUCAUCCUUUCCUUCAUUACCAUAGCCACAGCAGACACCAUCGCCGUCCUCGACACCGAUGGCGAUGUGCUAAAGCCCGGCAUUGAGUACUACAUAGUGCCAGGGAUCACUGAUGUGGCCGGAGGGCUCACACUAGCAAGCAGGAAUGGUUCAUGCCCUCUCAGUGUAGCUCAAGCUCCCCGGGGAGGAGGUGAUGGUUUCCCGGUGAUCUUCACUCCUGCAAACCCUAAUGCAAAGACUGUUAACAUUGGAGAAGAUACAAACAUAGCAUUUUCAGCUGUGACUAUAUGCAUUCAGUUGACGGUAUGGAGGCUCACUGGUCCCGAUGAAGUCUCCAAAUGGUUCUAUGUUUCGACGGGAGGAGUGACCGGGAACCCGGGAAAAAAUACAUUGAGCAACUGGUUCAAGAUAGAGCAGUACAUGGGUGUUUACAAGCUUGUGUUUUGCCCAGGUGUGUGUGAUGUUUGUAGGCCUGUUUGUGGGGACUUGACUAUUGAUGUUGUUGGAGAUCAACGUUGGUUGGCUUUGAGCAGAGGCAGUGAGAGAGCAUUUCCCUUCAUGUUUAAGAAGGCAUGAAGUGAAUAAUAACCAUUAUAUAUAUAUAUAUAUAAUGAUUUAAUAAAAUAAUUUAAUAAACUUGGUCUUUAUAUGAUGUAUUACCAGUAUUAAUUAAUUGUUGGUGUUUAAUUGUAAUCGUUUAAUGAUUUUCUA